AAAGUGUACUAUAGGUCAAGAAGACGGAAUGUACUACAGGUCAAGAAGACAAAAAAACAUUUGUUUUAAGUGUUGUGAAAAUGGUGAUACAUCUUUGGAGCCACAAAGUGAGAAAUACAGUGUGAAUACUGUUGCUGCCAUACAAGAUGUUGAAAAGAAGCAGAAAGAGCUGUUGCUACUUGAACUGAGAACUUCUGAAGAUGCAGAUGUGUUUACCCAAGGCCUGUCUCAGAUAGAAGGUACUCUGAAUAAAGUGUUUGCAGAACAGAAAGCAGACAGGGCUGCCCUUGAUAAAAAAUACAGGCAAAAGAAUCUGACUGUUGUCCAAAACCAGAAGAAAUUACUCCAGAAAAUAGAAAAUUAUAGAAAAACAAAGCAAGUGUUCAGAGCAUCAGAUUCAGGGAAGCAAAUCAUGAAUCCCAAUGUAGUUACACACGCUAUGGGACUUGGUGCCAGUAUGCCUAAUGAAAACAGAGUAAAAGCACAUCUCUCUUCAGAAAACAGAUUUUCAGCUCAGGAAUGCAACCAGAAUCCAAACAACUGCUUGGUUGAGACAGAAACUAACAAAGAAGCAGUAAGAGGCAAAGUGGUUUCUGAUAGUACUUCAGCAUCUGAAAACUGGAUAAGAAAACAUUACUUCUAUAACAUGUCAGGGUUGACAAAUGCUAUAGAGUUAGUGGCAUUGCCUCCAAAACCUGCAGCUUCCACUGCUAAAACUAACCGUUGGCAGCAAAAAGACAUUGAUCACAUAGCAGUUGGAGAGCAAGGAAACAAGUCAUUAGAUCCCACUUCAGUGACCAACACAUUAAGUAUUUCAGAAGCCCAAAGCACUGCUGCCAGUAACAGUGUUUGUCAGCCUGGUGGUGACUGUCAGCACGUUCUUGCUGAUGGGGAUGUACACAGAUAUGUAAAUAAGAAAAAAGCUUUCCAGCAGCACCAGCAAGUAAUAACAUCAGCGUCCACAGAUAACUUUCCUAAUCUGCAUCAAAUGUUCUUUCGGAGUCAUGGGAACUCAUUCAAUGCAGCAUCAGUGGAUGCAAAUUUUGCAUCAAACGCAGAUUAUCCAGUAAACCUUAGUGAGAAAUCUUUCCAGAACUAUGGUUACAAGGAAUGUGAACAAAAACAAAGGAAGUAUGCGAGAAAAAACACAAAAAAACUUCAGCUGAUAGAUCUUCUUGAAUUGGGAAGGAUUAAGCCAGGAGAAAAUGUUUUGGAAUUCACACUGAAGGAAUUCACUUGCAAAGCUACACUCUUAACAAAUGGCAAGAUCAAAACAAGUAAAAACAAAAUAUUUCAGAAUCCAGUUCGGUGGGUUGAAGACCUACUAGGAAGUGAUAUUUAUGUGACGUGGAAGUAUGCAUGGAACAAGGUAUGCUUGAUUUUUACUCUCAGAAAUAAUAUUGAUAAAUGCAAAUAA